CUAUAUAAACACUGCCCUCAUUCCUCAUCCGAACCACCGCCAUCUUUUCUCCAUCUCCGAAUCGCGGAUCUUCUACCCUACCCAGAAAAGCAAGUUUCUCUUCACAUCGGCGGCGGUUGCAGCGAUGGCCGGACGUGGAAAGACUCUCGGUGGUUCCUCUGCCUCGAAGAAGGCGGUCUCACGAAGCAGUAAGGCCGGUCUCCAGUUCCCAGUCGGCCGUAUCGCUCGGUUCCUUAAGGCCGGGAAGUACGCGGAGCGCGUCGGUGCCGGAGCCCCGGUAUACCUCGCCGCCGUCCUCGAGUACCUCGCUGCUGAGGUUCUGGAAUUGGCCGGAAAUGCGGCCAGGGACAACAAAAAGACAAGGAUUGUGCCGAGGCACAUCCAAUUGGCUGUGAGGAAUGACGAGGAGCUGAGCAAGCUGCUUGGGGAUGUGACCAUUGCCAAUGGCGGUGUCAUGCCCAACAUCCACACCCUUCUCCUCCCAAAGAAGGCCGGUGGAUCCAAGGCAGCCGAUGAAGAUUAGAUGAAGAGGAGAGAAUAUGGAAUUUGGAAUUGAAGGUCUUCUUGCUUGUCUCAGAAUAGUACCUGUUCUUGUUGCUUCAGUAGAUAGAGAGAUUAGGUCUCCUGUUUAACGACUUUGAUUUGUUACUUUUUCAUUGUUGUCUCUGCUUCCCUCUUAGAUUGUGUGUAUAAUCUAAAGAAUCAAUUGAACGGUCUUAUCUUCCUCUCCAUAAAGUUGGUGAUUUAGCUUCUGUUAUUUUAAGAGUUUGAAUCAAAUCAUUACAAUGUC